GUUACAUUUUCGUGUCACCGGGGUCAGACCAGCCAGCAACAUGCAAACUUUAAAACUCCCUCACAGAUUGCAGAAGUGUAACACUGACAGGGUUGGAGGACGACCAGGUUGAUGAGGUACCAGUCGACAGGUAAACAAGGCAACAGAACAUCCAGCAUGGUGGGAAGGAGACGUGGCUCCAGAGCCACCAGGGGGUCACAGAAGCCCCAACAGCAAAGCACAGGGGGACCCCGCAAGAGGCUGAGAGAGCCAGCAUUAUUUGCCAAGGAAGCAGGAUAUGAGUCGGAGGUCCUUCAUGAAAAGCUGACCAUCGCCCAAGCCAAGAGAGGCACACCAGCAAUCCGGCCGGUCCGAGUCUAUGCUGAUGGGAUCUUUGACCUCUUCCACUCUGGACAUGCUCGCGCUCUGAUGCAAGCCAAGAACCUGUUCCCCAACACACAUCUCAUAGUGGGAGUCUGCAGUGAUGAUCUCACACACCGGUAUAAGGGCUACACGGUGAUGACAGAGUCUGAGCGCUACGAAGCCCUGAUACACUGUCGCUAUGUGGAUGAGGUGGUACGGGACGCUCCCUGGACCCUCAGCCCUGACUUCCUGAAGAAACAUAAGAUUGACUUUGUAGCGCAUGAUGAUAUCCCAUACACCUCUGCUGGAUCAGAGGAUGUCUACAAACACAUCAAGGAAGCAGGGAUGUUCGUGGCCACACAGAGGACAGACGGCAUCUCUACAUCUGACCUCAUCACCAGGAUAGUGAAAGACUACGACCUCUAUGUCCGACGCAACCUGCAGAGAGGCUACACAGCCAGAGACCUGAACGUUAGCUUCAUCAGGGAGAAGAAAAUCAGUCUUCAAAACCAGGUGGAUCGUAUGAAGGAGACGGUAAAGACAGUAGAGGAGAAGUCCAAGCACUUUGUGCACUCGGUGGAAGAGAAGAGCCAAGACCUCAUCCACAAGUGGGAGGAGAAGUCCCGGGAGUUCAUUAGUAAUUUCCUGGAGUCGUUUGGUCCAGGUGGAGCGUGGCAUGUGAUCCAGGAGAAAAGUGGUCGCAUGCUCCAGGCUCUGUCACCCUACACAUCGCCCGUCGCCUCGCCCCGUGGCUCCCCCAGCAGCAGCCCCACCAGAGGGCGCUCCCCAUCGCCUCCCUCCCCUCAAUCCCCUCGUUCUCCUCGUUCCUCCGCCACCUACCCCAAGGGUGCCUCUGCCCAUCCCUCAACUUCCCUCAGCAGCAUGAGUGAGGGGGAUGACGACGAGAAAGAGACAGCACUGUCCCUCAAACACUCAGUGUACAGGUAACUGCCGAAAUAAAGGAAACACUUGAAGAAACACUUAAAUAAAUGAGAGAUACAGGACAAGGGAAGCUUGGUCUUUACAUCCUCAAAGACAUGCUUCUGUCAGCUGUAACAAUUUAGAAUGUGUCAAUAAUCAUGUGUAUUUCAAACAUAGACAAAGAUAGAUUCAGAUUUUUGACUUUGUAGAUGUAACUGCCAAAAUAAAGGAAACAUUUGAGUAAAUGAGGGAUACAAAGUAUAUUGAAAGCAGGUGCUUCCACACAGGUGUGGUUCCUGAGUAUAUUAAACAAUUAGCAUCCCAUCAUGCUUAGGGUCAUGUAUAAAAAUUCCCAGUUGCCCAUUAUGUUGGCUAACAUGGCUAGAAGAAAAGAUUUCAGUGACUUUGAAAGAGGAGACUCAAAGUAGCAUAGAGGGUAUAAAUGGUAUGUGGGUGUGUCUCAGUCAUCUGAUCUCAAACCAAUUGAACACUUAUGGGAGAUUCUGGAGCGGCGCCUGAGACAGUUUUCCACCACCAUCAACUGGCGUCGAAU